AUGGCACCGAUCGAUACCGAGUCGCAGUUCAAGUUUCUCAUCGCUUGCAUCAAGCACACAAAUGCUGGCAAGGUUGAUUUUGGCAAAGUCGCCGAGGAGCUUGCCAUAGUCUCCAAGGCCGCCGCUGCCAAGCGGUACGAGCGUCUGAUGAAGGCCCAUGGCAUCGAAAAGUCCAGUGGAGGCGGUGCCAACUCUGCCGGUGCUUCUGGUGGCAGUGGCCCGACUACCCCCAAGACACCCGCGCCUGCUGGCAAGACCGCUAGCAACCGCACCACUCCAGCGAGCAGGAAGCGCAAGAUGGCUGCCCGAUCUGACGAUGUCGACGAUGACGACAUCAAGCUUGACGUCAAGGAGGAGAUCAAGCUGGAGCUGCCCAACGAUACUCACGGUUCGUACACCAUUGACCCGAAUGAACCCCGUCCCCAGGCCCCCUACGGUGCCGGCGACGACUGCAAGAACAGUGAUGAAUUGUUCAUGGUCCCGGCGUCUCGAAGAGAGGACAGCACGGCCCCCGUGGCAUCAACGUGCCAGAUGAUGCUGCCGGCUCCGACCAACGGCUUCUACACUUUCACCGAUCCUGCGACCAGCCAGACACCCCUGCCACACAAUCAAUGUGCCGCAUUUGAUGUCCCGACCCGAUACGAGUGCGGCCAUGCUGACUAUGCAUCACAGACAACGGCGAUGCCUCCGCCUGAUGGGCGCCAGUGGCUUCACCAUCACGACCAUGUUUUCUUCUGGAGUGAUGCCCACCUGGAACCGCACUUCAACAUCAAGCACGAUUGA